AGAGAUCUCCAGUCAGAAAGAGACUGCCUGCGAGGGAGAUUCCUGGCUGCUGCUGUGUAGACCAAGGAAACCCAGGACCCUCCCUCCGGGAAGACUAAGCAGCCCGGCCUCCGACCCACAGACCUGAGAGCUGCACCACUGCCCUCGCUCUCUGACGCCAGCACCGCCUGCAGCCGGCCAGGCUCAGCCCAAGGAGAGGGGAGAGGCUAAGGCCCCGCAUCAUGGCGCGCACCAAGCAGACCGCCCGCAAAGCCACCGCCUGGCAGGCCCCCAGGAAACCCCUGGCCACCAAAGCCGUCGGAAAAAGGGCGCCGCCUAAAGGAGGGAUCAAGAAGCCUCACCGCUACAAGCCUGGCACUCUGGCGCUGCGGGAAAUCAGAAAGUACCAGAAGUCCACGCAGCUGCUCCUGCGCAAGCUGCCCUUCCAGCGCCUGGUGCGCGAGAUCGCCCAGGCCAUCAGCCCGGACCUGCGCUUCCAGAGCGCGGCCAUUGGCGCCCUGCAGGAGGCCAGCGAGGCCUACCUGGUGCAACUCUUUGAAGACACCAACCUGUGUGCCAUCCAUGCCAGGCGCGUCACAAUUAUGCCAAGAGACAUGCAGCUGGCCCGCCGCCUCCGCAGAGAGGGUCCUUAAGAGCCCAAAGGUAGCUAAGCAUAGAACUGGGAGUGGAAACAGGCAGAAAUCAGAUCUUGGUGGUGUUUCUGUGUGCUUUUGUUUGUUAAUGUCUAAUCUACCUUGAGGGUCAUAAGGCACUAGUGUCAGGUGGGAAUGUUUCAGUGAGCCAGUUUCAGCACUUCAGCUCUACAUCAAUUUUCAAGAAACCUGUUCAUUUUCACUGGACUAUGCCUGUGUUUAGACUACUAACCAAAUAAAUCUCUUCCUGAUGGCAA